UUUUUCGUGAACUCCGAGACUUAAUGAAUGGAUGAAUGAAGGCAGCUUGCAAGGCGUCUCUUAUUUCCUUGUUCCUGCUCCUCCCAACUGAGCUCCAAGAUGGCAGCUGCGCAAGAGAGAUGAGCAACGACAUUAGAGUUCUGUCAUGAAACAGCAGCGGACUCAAUUUCGUCAUGGCCAUCACUCAAUUCCGUCUGUUUAAGAUCUGCACAUGCCUGGCCAGUUUGCUGUCUUUUUUUAAGAGGUUGAUAUGCAGGAGUGGAAGGGGCCGAAAGCUCAGUGGGGAUCAAAUAACUCUCCCGACCACAGUGGAUUUCUCAUCAUCCAUACCAAAACAGCCAGAUGUCGAAGAAUGGAGUUCUUGGGAUGAAGAUGCUCCAACAAGUAUUAAGAUCGAAGGUGGUAAUGGAAACGUUACCCCUCAACCCACUGAGAUUGAAGAGCCCGACUACUUCAAAGACAUGGCACCAACCAUCAGGAAAACACAGAAGAUAGUGUUAAAGAAAAGGGAGCCAUUGAACUACCUGGUGCCUGAUGGGUCAGCAGGUUUCUCCAGCAGACUGGCAGUCUCUCAGGAUAUGAUGACUUUCUGUCCACCUUCAGCAGAGCUUGGCGAAAUGGACACUUGGCAGGGGGACACCAAUGCUUGGGAGGAGGAGUCUGACGCCACCUGGGAAGCAGAGGAGGUGCUCAGACAACAGAAAUUGGCUGACAGAGAAAAGCGGUCCAUGGAGCAACAGAGGAAGAAGAUAGAAAAAGAGGCUCAGAGGAUGAUGAAGAAAGAGCAGAAGAUGGCGGUUAAGCUUUCGUAACAUAUGCCAGUGCUCAGUUUUGAGCCAGAGGAUCUCAAGGGAAAGACACUGAAUCAGUUGUGAGUUUGUUCAAAAUCAUCAAACCAUCCAAAGUUCUGCAAAAUGCUGCACUACUACAUUUUCAGUAAUCUGUUCUUGUCUAGCCGCUUUUCUCGUCCAUCUUUGAGUUACAACAAUUAAUCCUUGGCUUGCUUACAAACUGCAUUUUCUACCAUAUUUGUGAGUCAUUUGCUCUUAAAGAAUUUCAAUAUCUAUCCCCUGUCUAUUAGGUGUAUGUGCUAGUAAGCACAGGUCCUGGUCACGGCGUGUAAAUAAACUCAAAUCUGUAUUGUACAACUUUUUCAUAUAUGGUGUACAAUUUAUUUUCUUUAUCUUAUUUUUAACCACACUGGUUAAAAAAAGAGAUGUAGUAAUUAUUUUUAAGAAUCGCUGUUUAUCUGUGUCAUUGGUCUGCUUAAUAAUUGUUUUUGGGUUUUAUGUUUCAUUGCUUAAAAGGUUUAAUUCCCCAAUGAUUUUUUGCACUGUACCAUUGCAAAAUUAGUAAUUAAAGACAAUAGCAUACGCUGUCUUGUAAUUUAAAGCUGUGGGUUCCUAUGGUAACAACAUGGCUAUUAACAUAUGGAAAAUAUGCAGUCACUAUCUAGUCAAUAUUACAAAUACAAACCCCACGGACAUUGUGUAAAGCAUAAAUAAAAACAGAUCACAAUGUUUUCAAAAUCAAUUUCAACCCAUUUUCAAAUGAGAUAUUUUUGUUCAAAUUGAUCAACGUUGAUAUCUCUCAAUUUGAGUUUUUGCUUGCAACAUGUUCCAAGAAAGCUGGGACAAGGUCAUAUUUACCGCUGUGUCGCAUCGCCUUUCCUUUUGAAAUCACUCAAUAAGCAUUUGAGAAGUGAGUCCACUUAAGUUUUAAAACUUUGUAGGUGGAAUUCUAUUUCCACAGUUUUACACAACAUCCUAACUUCAUUGGAAUUGUGUUUUAUAGAUGCCAUUUAUGAGGAAUCGAUCAUUUUCAGUAGCUACAUAACUUAUUGUAGGCCCCUCCAUUUGUGAUUAGACUUUCACUGGCAGCCUUUGUGAAGUGAAAUUUACAAUUCUGUGGUUUGCAGUCUUGAAAGAGAUUGAUCGCUUAAGCAUACUGGCAAUUGUUAUUCAGCUUUAGUAAUAAAGACUAUGACCAGGUUUGAAUAAAGAAAGCAAGUCUUUACAGCAGCAGCCUUUGUGAAUCUACUACAUUCUGAAGCAAUAAGCACUCCCUGUUUAAAUGGUUUGCAUGGUGCUUUUGGUGUGUUCAAUCAGAAAUUGAUUUAUGGUUUAUGUAUUCUUUCUGAUGUACAUUACAUUGUUUUGCUUUGACUAUUAAAAACAGGACUGUUACUAAAGUCAUCGUCAUCAAA